CAUUUUACGACACUUCAGAUCGGACGUUGGCCCGAAUGGCGGCGCUGAUGAGGAUUGUGUCGUGUACACGCCGGGCCGCUGCUUUAUCUUUCCGGAUUAAACUCCUCCAGCCAGAAUUAACUCCUCACUCAUUAAUUCAUCACCACACAGUCAGAGGUUUAUUCUCUAAACUCCUGCUGCUGCAAAACCCAGCGGAAAUGUCAGCUCAUUUAUUCACAUCAUCCUCCUCCUCAUCAUCAUCAUCUGCUGAAGCUAUGAGCCAGAGGAUGGUGUGGGUGGAUUUAGAGAUGACAGGCCUGGAUGUAGAAAAGGACCAGAUUAUUGAAAUGGCGUGCAUCAUCACAGACUCGGAUCUCAACGCCGUCGCUGAGGGUCCGAAUCUGAUCAUCAACCAGCCGGACGAGCUGCUCGACAGCAUGUCGGAUUGGUGUAAGGAGCACCAUGGGAAGUCAGGGUUGACGCAGGCGGUGCGGGACAGUAAGAUCUCACUCCAGCAGGCCGAGUACGAGUUCCUGUCCUUCAUCAGACAGCACACACCUCCGGGCCAGUGUCCUCUCGCAGGAAACUCAGUGCAUGCUGAUAAGAGGUUUCUGGACAAGUACAUGCCCCAGUUCAUGUGUCAUCUUCACUAUCGCAUCAUCGACGUUAGCACGGUCAAGGAGCUCUGCAGACGCUGGUUUCCAGAUGAGUACAAACAUACGCCUCAGAAGAAAGCUUCACACAGAGCGCUGGAUGACAUUCAAGAGAGCAUCAAAGAGCUCAAGUUUUACAGAGCGAACGUCUUCAAAACCGGAGGAGAAGAGAAGAAGAGGAAGAUUGUUGAAAACGGAGAGAGCAAACACGCAGCCUAAAACACACCAAAUCACCUGCUGUGGCUUGGAGGGGGUGUGUGUGUGUGUGUGUGCGCAGGUGCAUGUUAGAGUGAGUGAGUGAGUGAGCAGUUCCAUGUUCCUUAUUUUAUCACCUGGUAUGCAACCGCUUCCACGUAUUCUUUUAGUUCUGACCUUAUUACUACAAACGUUAGGAGCAGAAUUUCUUUUGAGUUUGAGUUUAUCUUUCAUCUUUCUGUGACGUUGCUGUUUGCCGAUGCACAAAUACAUAACGUGAACCCCGA